CCCUGAGAACAAGGCUUGACUUUAAACAGUUGCGCGGACACGUCGCUUUCACAGGAUUUGCGGAGAUCACACUGAGGGACGGACAAUCUAUACUGAAUAUUGCUACUUGGGAUUCUGGAGCAAAAUGAGACGAAAUCACAAUUACAGCUGUUCAUCUGAUAGCGAACUUGAUGACAAUAUAGAAGUGGAGAAGGACAGUGGUGACGAAAAUGUAAACCUUGACUCUUCGCAUGACUUGAUGUCACCCCCGAAAACCACUCCAACUCAAGCCAGAAAACGACGCAGAGGAAUUAUUGAGAAACGGCGACGUGACCGAAUCAACAACAGCCUGACUGAUCUCAGAAGACUUGUACCAAGUGCGUUUGAGAAGCAGGGAUCGUCAAAAUUGGAAAAAGCGGAAAUUUUGCAGAUUACUGUAGAUCAUUUGAAGAUGAUACAUGCUGCCAACGGACAAGGGUAUUUUGAAGCCCACGCCCUGGCCAAGGACUACCGCAGCCUGGGCUUCAGGGAGUGUCUGUCAGAGACGGCCCGCUACCUAAGCAUCAUGGAGGGCUGGAACAGUGUCGACCUACUCCGCGUACGCCUGGUCUCUCACCUCAACAACUACGCCUCUCAGAGAGACAUCCACACUGGAUUGACUGGACACCCUGGACAACUAGCCUGGGGCUCCGCUUUGAGGACACCCUCCGCCCACCUGCCACACCCCCUCUUACCACUUCCCCAGGGACGGACACUAGCCCACCACAGUACCAGCAGCCCACCCUCCUCCUGCUCCAUCUCCUCCUCCUCCUCCACCUCCUCCUCCAUGUCAUCCCCCUGUUCUACUGAUACCUCAGUGACCUCCAGACUCAGCGUGACGGCCCCCUCCAAGGCACUCAGGGUGCCCCCCAAUGACAAUCUACCCCUGGGGCUGGCCCUGUCAGUCUCAGCCUCCAAGCUCUCCCAACCACUCUCCUCCCUGUCUGCCUUGUCCUUCACUACUUUUCCCCUAGUGUCCCCGGCAGCCCUCAAUUCAUCAGGCUCCUCCACAGCCCUGAGAAAUCAGCCUUACAGGCCCUGGGGGACUGAGAUCGGGGCCUUCUGAACUCUUGUGAUCAUCAGAACCGGAAGGCAACAACUUAGAUCCCCGCCAACCUGCCUCCCCCCAAUCUGCCUCCCCCAACCUGCCUCCCCCCAACCCGCCUCCCCCCAACCCGCCUCCCCCCAACCCGCCUCCCCCCAACCCGCCUUUUAUCAUGAAUAAUUGUUAAAUGUUGUUGUGAGCCCAGGUAUGGCCUCCAAGGUAGGAAAGGACUGACUAUUGUUUCAUGACCACAAAACUGAUUUCAUUUGGUUUAUUAUCAGAGUGCACUAAGAAGGAUUUUGGGGUAUUUGUAGGUCAAAUAUAAUAUUGUAAAAAUAGAACUCCUGCAGCUUUGAAAGAGAACAAAUACACCUGCAAUGUAUCACAAAUAGAGUUAAACAUGAACUGGAUCUGCUAAUACAUUAGUUAUGUCUAUAUGGGAUUGUCGAACAUGCUUUAUAUAGAAAGCAACUUUGAAAAAAUGUAGUUUUGUAAUAUUUUUGUACCAAUAAACUGAGUUUGUAAGAA